GACGGAAUUUAGCCAUGAGCACAGCAGACCUACGGACUCAGGCAGCUCGCUACAAGAGUUGAGUGUUCAGUCUCUGUUCAACUGCCGUGCUAAAGUUGUUAUCGUUAUGUACAACUUUUCGCUGUUAUCCUGACUUUUAAUAAUCGAAAAGUUUGACCUUUCUUUUGUUUCCCUCUGCCAUCAAUUGAAGUCUCUUCGUGUUGGAAAAGUUUGUGUUUUAUUGUUUUUUUAAAUGGAGCGAAAGAAGCCGGUGAAUCUUUAUUGCUGUUGGACCUUUCUUCUCGCUUGGUGCUGUAGUCUCACUGACUGUUACAAUUUGGAUGUAGACCAUCCGGUUAGUUUCAGUGGCCCAAAUGGAUCUUUAUUUGGAUAUUCUGUGUUGUUACAUAAGAACAAGCAACACACAUGGUUAAUAGUCGGAGCUCCAGUUGCGAAUUCAACAUUCGAUCCAACCCUUAUAAAACCAGGAGCAAUUUAUAAGUGCAACUUCUCAGGCAAUAGAGAAUGUCAGCAAAUAUCAACGGGUGUGGACAGUUGUGGGAAGACUUGCUUCUCUGAAAGUGACAACCAGUGGCUCGGAGUCAGCCUGUCUAGACAGCCUAGUGAUGGCCAUGUAUUGGCAUGUGGGCAUCGUUGGAAGAACGUGUUCUAUUCCAGGAAAGACAACCAGAACAAGCUGCCUCAUGGUGUCUGCUACAGAUACGAAGCUGACCUCAAACAGUCUCAACCACUUAUCCCAUGCUAUAAAGAUCAUCAACGGAAGUUUGGUGAAGACUACGGAUCAUGCCAAGCAGGAAUAUCCAACUUUCUGAAUGAGGACUUGAUAAUAAUGGGAGCCCCUGGGACAUCGUACUGGACUGGGUCUGUUCUGGUCUACAACACCUCCAGUAUGGUCCUGUCUGCCUAUGUGGAUGACGACAGCACUGUACUCUAUGGCAGUUAUCUGGGCUACUCGGUUGGCGCCGGCCACUUCCUUCACCCUGACUCCACAGAGAUCGUUGGAGGUGCACCCCAGCACAGGCAGACUGGUAAAGCCUACCUAUUCAGAGCUGAAGAAAACAUGUUGAAGAUCAUCAGUGAAGUCAAGGGAAGCAAGCUGGGCUCGUAUUUUGGUGCCAGUGUGUGUGCCGUGGACCUGAAUGGAGAUGGCCUGUCUGAUCUACUGGUAGGAGCUCCCAUGUACAGCACCACGAGAGAGGAGGGACGAGUUCAUGUCUACAUCAACCAAGGAGCUGCUAAUAUGAAGGAAGCAGAGUUUCAGUUGGCUGGAAGCAAAUCGUAUGCUGCAAGAUUUGGGGAGACCAUAACCGAUCUGGGAGAUAUUGAUGACGAUGGCUUUCCUGAUGUGGCGGUGGGGGCUCCGCAGGAGGAAGAGCUGCGUGGGGCUAUAUAUAUCUACAAUGGGAGGAAGACAGGGAUCUCUCAGACCUACUCUCAAAGGAUCACCGGGUCUCUUCUGGGUAAUGAGUUAAAGAUGUUCGGCCAGUCUGUUUCCGGAGGCAUCGAUGUUGACGGAAACGGUUACCAAGACGUUGCGGUAGGGGCCUUCCUCUCGGACUCCGCUGUGGUUCUGAGGACACGUCCGGUGGUAGUGGUUGAGGCCUCCAUGACCCUGCCUGUCAGUGUGAACCGCUCUGUAGCUCUGUGUUCUGACAAUGGUCUUCCUGCUGUCUGCAUCAACGUGACAGUCUGCUUCAGGGUCCGCGCUCGACGCUACAACGGACUCAUAGAACUGCAGUAUAACCUGACAGCCGACACUCACCACAAGGAGUCUUUCCCCUCCCGCUUCCAUUUCCACGGCAACGGGACGUCCAACGUUACGACAGGGCAAGUCAAGGCCAGACACGACCAGCUGAGCUGCAUCACCCACCAGGCCUUCAUGAGGAAAGAUGUCCGGGAUAUCUUCACGCCCAUCCAUUUUGAGGUGACGUACGCCCUCAGACAGCAUCCUGUUCAUACCUGGGGAUUCCGAAUAUUCCCAGCCCUGAAACCCAUCCUGCAGCAGAGAGGGGGGCACAGCAACCUGGUAGCCAAUAAGACUGAGUUUGCUCGGUACUGUUCAUUGGCCAACUGUUCAACCAAUCUGCAGGUCUCUGCAUACCUGGUCUUACCACAGAAACACAACAACAUACAGUACUUUGCAUUGGGUAAUGGGAAGACCAUCAUGUUGAACACAACCCUGGUGAACGCUGGAGAUGAUGCCUUCCUCCCCAGGCUCCAGUUACGCUUCCCAUCCAACCUGCACUACAUCAAAGUCCUUGAUGCAAAGGAGAAGUAUGUGAGCUGUGACAUUUCAGAGGAGAACAAGACAAUAGUAGGAAUGGACUGUAGUGUUGGGAACCUGUACUUCAGCUCUGGAGCCAAGGUGAACAUCAGCUUUCUGUUGGAUGUAAACCAGAGUAGCAGUGCUGGUGACAUUAGCAUAUCCAUCAACACUUUUGGAGACAAUUCUGAAAAUGAGGAUCUUCUGCAUGACAACUCAGCCACUCUGAUAUUACCGUUGAGAUAUGGCGUGGAUGUCAGUGUACAUGGGUUUGUGACUCCAACAUCCUUUGUAUUUGGUGACCAGGAGCCUACUCCAGUUGAUUGCUACACAGAGACAUUCAACUACACUUACAAGGUUGUCAAUAUCGGUCCAAGCAAAUCUCUCAACACGGAAGUUGAGAUUGAUAUUCCCAAGAUACUAUCACCAUAUCCGUACAGAUUACUCCACAUUGCAGAUUUUCAGACCUCUAUUGGAGAAUGCUCCAUUAAAAACGGCUCCAUCACAGUAGAAGAUGAUUGUGAGGUGCCACGUUCGUCUUUAAUCAAGGAACUGGUCUUCUUCUUCUCCAAAACCAGCAAACGCAAAAUGUUCUGUGCUCACGGAGACCACCUGUGCCUGACUCUGGUGUGUAGACUAGGAGACAUGGACAUUGGGAAAGAAGCCACCAUUCAGAUGGAAGUGAAGCUCAACCCCACUGUUCUACAGCUCACACCGGGUCGUCAUGGAGUGAUGCUGAUAGAGAGUACUGGCAUCAUCACAUCACCAAGGGAGGACCCUCACACCAUCCUAUUACAGCAGACCCCUAUUGCUCAGGUUGUGUUGGAGGCCCACUUCAACCAGAAGCCUCAGGCAGCAGUGGAGGGGUUCAUCAUUGUAGGCAGUCUACUGGUGGGACUCCUGAUCCUGGCCCUGCUCAUCUUCGCCCUCUGGAAGGCUGGUUUCUUCAAGAGGCAGUUUAAGAAGGAGAUCAGGAGGGAUAGCUGGGACUAUGUACCAAAGAGUGAGAAGACUGAGAGUAUAUCCUAAGAGUGUACUAAUACAGAAUGGUUCUAUACGACAACAUGAACUAACUGCUGGGGAACAGCUUCUCUACUAAAAGUCCCAUUUUGAUUGAGAUCAUCCAAACCCAAGGGAAAGAACUGCAGGACAAUUCAAACAUUUGUGGCUCAAAAUCUAGGAAUCAACUAAAUGCGGUAAUUUCUCUAAAACAUGCAAGAGGAAAAACUUUUGCACAUUACCUCUGGGCUUGUUGCAGUGAGAGUAUAGAACAUGGGCUUGUUGCAGUGAGAGUAUAGAACAUGGGCUUGUUGCAGUGAGAGUAUAGAACAUGGGCUUGUUGCAGUGAGAGUAUAGAACAUGGGCUUGUUGCAGUGAGAGUAUAGAACAUGGGCUUGUUGCAGUGAGAUUAUAGAACAUGGGCUUGUUGCAGUGAGAGUAUAGAACAUGGGCUUGUUGCAGUGAGAGUAUAGAACAUGGGCUUGUUGCAGUGAGAGUAUAGAACAUGGGCUUGUUGCAGUGAGAGUAUAGAACAUUGGACUGUGUACGUGGAAUGUACAUUAGAACAUGGACUAUGUGACCUCACAAGAACAGGCCUAUCAUUCCUGUUUUUAUUCCCCACCAAGAACUCAGGAUAUGAAGCCGAACAUUCCAUGGUCUUGUUCAAUAUGCAUGAAACAGAAGAAAACGCUCCAAAACACAGCACUUUCUGUGCCUGUCCAUUAAUUAAGAACCGUUCAUUUUACAUUGCAAAACAUUCUCCCAUACCUGACUACUUGGAUUCGGUCGCACAUAUUUAUUGUGUCUGCUGUACAAAACAUGUAUGAAUGCACUGCUGAAGCUUUUCUCUAUGGAUAGGAAGUCUAUUUGUAUACAAUGAUAUAUACACAUCUAUAUGCCAAAUCUAUCCUCAUUAGGUGUGUAUAUACUGUGUAUAUAGAUAUAUCAAGAGGACCUUUGUUUCGCAUCCUUUUUAAACAACAUUUCCUUUUGUAUCUUCAUGCUAUGGGUAGGGAGGGGAAACAGCCUCAAACUGUCACAAAGUCACACAUUUAUUGUGAAACUAGUGUCACUAGUGAUAAACCAUCAGAUUGAAAGAAGGAACAUUUGUUCUGGUUGAUCUGUGAGACCCUGCGAAAGCCUCUGCCGAGCCGUACAGCCUAAACCCAUGUUUCAUAGAAAUGAAUAGGAGCAUCUCACACUCUGCAAAAGUUACGUGUCCAGUGUAGCAGACCAGUAAGACCAGUACCUGCACAGGUGUUAAUUCUUCAAUUUGUAUUUUUGCUCAGCAGCUUAUGGAGUGAAUGGGACAGAAGGUUUAAUUGUUAUAAUAUAGAACUGAAGGUAACAGAAGGAUGAGGAGGUCAGGGAAGUGUCAUCAGUGAAAAAAGGCAUCUGUUCACUGACUCACUCACUGAAUGACACAUACCACUCCUCAAGGGGACAGCACCCAGUGUGUGUGUGUGUGCAUACGUGCGUUUGCAUGUAUGCAUUUUAGUGUGUGCGUACGACAGCAACUCAUACACCAGCAACUCCUACACCAUGGCAGCAGAAGUUUCCAACACAGUCAGAAAUGAAAAAUGAAAGAGCUUGUUCUUCAGAAAUGACUCAAACGUUCGUCAAAUGGAACACACGGAACACUGGCCUUACCUUUUGGAACAUUUUCAUCCCUUUGGAUUCAAUGGAUUCUGUGUUCUUACUGUAGUUGUAAGGGAUUGGAACAUUCAGCUUUUGGAGAGAUGGUAGGCUGCAUAUGUGGAAGCGUAACAUGUUUUUACUGCUUGAAUUUUCAGGGAGUCAACCUUUCAUGACCAAGUUGUCAGUUUUGACAAAAAUAAAGGGGGCACAUUCCACAUUUCUAUAAAUUGAAAUAAUUUUUUAUUUUUAAUAAAUACGUGUGUGGCGUGUAAAAAUGGACAGAUAACAUUUUGUUUGUCAACACAUUUCACUUUGGUCUGAUAAUUGAUGUAAUCGUGCACUGGAAUGUAUUAUUAUGUUGUCUUUGCUUUAAUAUAAAUCAACCUUUUCUAUUUAA